UCUUCUUCCUUUUUCUAUCGCCAAGUGUUUCACAGCACUGUACUCCGUAGGUUUCUAGGUUAGGGCCUAGCGUUGAGGAUUCUCAGAUACACUUAGAGACGCUAUACUUCUCACCAGCGACAAAGAAGAUCAUACAGCUUCUUCAAAUCAUAUAGAUUUAUAUCUUCAUUAUCCUCUCAUGUACAUAGAGAAUAAUAGUAUGAUUUCGAGCUCUGCAAUCAACAGUUGUAGAGUCUAUGUAUUGCUGGUCACAGCACUAGCAAGGGGUAGCAGCAUACUGAUACCCACAAGGAUGUUACCUGAGGCACUUAAAACAACCUUAAUUUAGCAUAAAAUUAGUCUGUUUUAUUCAGGAGAUGUCUACGACGGUGCAUUCCUGUUGGCUGAGGCAGCAGAUUGUAUGCCUAUCAGGCAACAUUCACAAUAUUUCAUGACCUGAAUCUGGAAGUGACUAGUUGUAGCUCUUUGUCUCAAUAUUCUGGCUAUUCACUACCUUCCCUGUCUCCUUUUCAAUCUGGGAUGAUAAUUAGUAUAACAAUUUCGCCAACUCCACCCCCGACAGUGCGGAACCCAUUGUCCCGACCAGUAUCAGUCCGUGCAUAAACCACAACCACCCAUGCCCGUCUCCCAUCUACAGGACAGAUAUUAACUAUGACCUCCCUCUUUGUCGCAAUCUACCGUCCUCGCUAUGGUAACUACCAGCAUUGGGCUCUUCACUUGCACACCGCAACCGAAGAUCUUAUCUUCGAAGUCGACGGCGAACACCCCUCCUUCCAGAAAAUGACAUCUCACGGCAAGCCUUCCGACUCUGAGAACUUAAUCAUGUCCUUGCUUGUCAGCGAAAUCGGAGACCCAGAUGUGCCCACUGUCAAAGCAGUGGUCGACGCCGCGCGGGUCGACAACGAGACACUCGAAUGGGACUGUCAGGAAUAUGUGCUGGAGCUCCUGGAAGCGUGUGAAGAGGACGCAGUGCUAGAUAGGGAUGACGAGCAUUAUGUGGAGGUUGUAAGGUUCUUAAAAUCUACGCGAGGGCCCUUGCUUUGAAUUUUGAUGUUUCAGCUGAGUUUCAUCGCUGGGUUGGUGCUUCUAUGGAGUUGAUUUCCAAGCUCGGCUUUGGGGUCCGAUAUCAGGAUCUCACUAAGCAUGCAUGGGUAUCGGGGUUUCUUUUUUUUUUUAAAAAAAAAAAAA